UUCGAUGGAUUGACAUUUAGCGAAUGUAAACAAAAGAGCGACUUCACCGGUAAUGUUUCGGGUUUGUGAUAUUACGUGAAUUUGGGAAUGUAUCGGUUCGGAUUGUUCGGGAGAGAACUUCGACGGAGCGUUUCGCACGCGAGGUGUCAAUUUAAAACUGCAGCUAGGCCUACUGAGCGAAGGACAUGGACGCCGGCGAGGCUGUUCUUUGGGACGAGUGCAGGAUUGCUGCUCGGAACGGUCGGAUAUGACUGGUUAAGGCAUGAUUUCGAGAAUGUGGACAGUGUGCAGCGGUUCGUGCGUUCGCUGGGAAUCGGCGUUAGUAUUUCGGUGGAUUACGGUUGGACGAUGUGGAGGCUCAAAGAGGACGAUCCGGAUUAUUCGUAUAUUAUGUCGGAAUUGCACUUGAGAUCGGCGGAGAAGAUUCUGCGGGGCUGUUUGGCCAAUGGAGGACUUUAUAUCAAACUGGGCCAGGGAGUGGCAACGUUUAGUCACAUUAUACCAAAAGAAUACAUCCAAACGAUGAGAAAGUUGGAGGACAAAUGCCUGACUAGAAAAUCUGGCGAAGUUAAGAGAUUGUUUGAGCAGGACUUUGGCCAGGCCCCGGAGGACAUGUUCGACCAGUUCGACUAUGAACCCAUUGCGGCUGCUAGUUUGGCUCAGGUGUUCCGAGGGGUGACCAAGGAAGGACAUAAAGUAGCGAUCAAAGUACAGUAUGCAGAUUUACGGAAGCGAUUCGACGGAGAUUUGAGAACCAUAAUCUUUCUGCAAGAUUUAGUAGGUCUCAUGCAUAAGAACUACAAUUUUGGAUGGAUUGCGAAAGAUUUGCAGAACACACUUCGAGAAGAGUUGGACUUUAUCCACGAGGGAAAGAACUCGGAACGUUGCGCCGAAGACUUGAAAAACCAUGAUCAUAUUUACGUUCCGAAAGUUAUCUGGAAGUACACCAAAGAGCGUGUACUGACCACAGAGUUUAUCGAUGGCUGUAAGAUAAGCGACCACGAAGGUUUGAAAAGGCUAAAGGCAAACCUGGCUCAUCUGGACACCCGACUCUUUCAAGCAUUUGCCGAGCAAAUCUUCCGCACCGGUUUCGUCCACGCUGAUCCUCACCCGGGCAACAUCUUCGUGCGCAAUCAUCCCACCUCGGGACUACUUCAGCUAGUCCUGCUCGAUCACGGCUUAUAUGGUAAGCUAUCCCUAGAAGUCCGUAACAAUCUGUCCCGCUUUUGGGAAGCGAUUGUCCUGAAAGAUCACGCGGACAUGAAAAAAUACGCCAAAGCACUGAACGUCGAGGAUUACAAAACGUUUGCGGAGAUUUUACUGCAACGACCGCUGGAAGUGAGGGGUUCUAAAAUGUCCACUCGACUGACGAACGAGGACCUGGCGUACAUGUCCGCCCAAGCAAAGGACCACUUCGACAAGGUCAUGACAACGCUGAAGAGCAUGCCUCGGAACAUAAUCUUUGUGCUGAGGAAUUUAAAUACGAUCCGUUCCAUCGCGUGGGACCACGGCGAUCCGGUGGAUCGGGCCAAAGUGAUGGCCAGAUGUGCAAUCGCUGCACUGAGGCAAACUAACCGCAGCUUCGGUAUGUACGUGAACGCCUUGUUCCGGCGGGUACGGUUCGAGUAUUAUUUGUGGAAAAGUUCCUUCCAAUUCUGGCUAGUCGGUUGCUACCUGAGGGUGCUGACGGGACUGGGGCGUGCCCCGGCGGACACGGCCCAUUUGCUGCGGGGACACGUUGUUGAUGUGUAAAUUGCAUCGUGUGAUAAUAACCAUUAUUUUAUGGGAUGAGGGAAAAAGUGGCACGUGCUCGUGCGGGUUGUAAAUAAUAAAGGUACAAAGGUUGAUUUUUUUUUGUUAAAGAAA